AUGUUCGAUAAUGUACAGUGUCUCGUGUCUAGAUUCCUUCAGGUAUCGUCGUUUUUCGAUGAUGAAGCUGAAAACAUGUCUGGGUCUGACGAGAGUAAGGUCGAGAUAUGGAGUAGUCAAUAUUAUAGGAAUGAAUUACCUACUGUUUUGGUAGCUAAAAAGAAAGGUGAUGGUGAAAUUGAAAAGCCUUUGCUUUUGCCUGUUAGGAGCUUGAAAUCAUCAAGUGUUAAGGAGGUCAAUAAUGGUGAGAAUAGCGUUGUUCUUCCUUCACUAAUUCCAUGGCGGUCAAGGGAUGGUGAUAUAGUGAAGAACAAGACAAGUUACAGGUCUCCAUCACCGCCGCCGCCUCCACCGCCAUUAUUGACACAAAGGGACUAUGUUGAUGGUGAUAUUGAACAUGGGAUGGAAACUAGUGAUGAUGAUGAUGGUACAGAGAGUGAGAAUGAAGAUGAAAUUGUUGGCCAAACAUGCAUUGUUUCAAGUACCAACAAUGGUGAAAACAAUGAGGAAGCUGUUGGUCCAAGCAAAGGUAUAGAUGGAGGAUCUGAUGUUGAUAAAAAGGCUGAUGAAUUUAUAGCUAAAGUUAGAGAACAGAUUAGGCUUGAAAGGAUUGAUUCUAUUAAGAGAUCAAGUGGUCAAACCAAGAGAAACUCUACAAGUGUAGAGGGGAGGUUAUCUGAUCCAGUCUUGCACCUUCAAUGA